AUGCCAAAGCACACCAAAGUGCCGCUCAGCCAAGUCCGUACCCUAACCCUCCGACAGGGUGCCAAGACUACCGCGCGCCGCACUAGUGCUGUCCCCCAGCUAAGCUGUAAGGGCAAGUACUGCACUUAUGCGCCGCGCGUCGUCCAGUGUCGUCAGGAGGGACACGACGGCCUCUCGCCCCAAUGGGCGUGUCAGGCCGACCUGCCGUCCUCUCUGGCAUUUGGACCACUAGAAGUCGUGUGUGAAGGCUGGGCAAGGGCUGGAGACUCCAACGUCCUUGCUGGCUCGUGUGCGCUCGAGUACGAGCUCGUGCCUUCCGCCAACACCCAUGACGUCCCGGCUGCAGGCUCAAGUUCGGGACCAGGGUUCUGGACGGGCAUGGCAGCCGGAGCGGCCGCGACGGCGGCGUACAACCGCGCGACACGCCCAAAUCCCCAGGUGAACGCGCAGGCGGGGCCAUCUCAACCCGGCCGCAGGGGCUGGUUCGGCGGCGCAGCACAGGACGACUUUGAUAUUUCCAGCGUCCCAAGGGGACCGCGGGAGGACGAGCCUGGUGGCGGCGAGAUGCGGAGCGCAUCGGGGUUCGGAGGAACGAGGACGCGCUGA